AUAAUUCAAUCAUUCAGACUAAAUUUUGUGUAUAAAUAGCAUCACUUGCAACUUGAUAUUUUAUCACUUCACACCCACAAUUACACCUAAUUACUCUCUCUCUCUCUCUCUCUCUCUUUCUCUCUCUCUAUACACCCUAUAUAUCUAGCUAUGGAAACAAAAGCUCAACCAGCUGCUGCCGCCGCAGAGACUUUGCGCAGGACAGCAGAUUAUCAUGCUGCUGUUUGGGGCCCUCGUUUCUUUGCUUCCAUUCCCUUGGACGAAUCAGUAUUUGAAUCAUACACAAAACAAGUAGAAGAGAUGAAAGUGCAUGUGAAAAAUAUGUUGAUUGAUUCCAAAGUCAACAACCUGGAAACAGUCAAAUUGAUCAACUUGUUAUGUCGGCUCGGUGUGUCGUACCACUUUGAGAGUGAGAUUGAGAAUUUUCUGAAUCAAGCUUUCGAUUCCAUGCAUAAUUUAGCACGUGAAAAUGAUGUCUGCAACCUCGACACUACUGCAAUUCUAUUUCAAGUGUUUCGACAAUUUGGUUACAAAAUGUCUUGCGAUGUAUUCAACAAGUUUAGGGACAUCAAUGGUAAUUUUAAGGAGAGUUUAGCUAACGAUGUCAAGGGCAUGCUAAGUCUGUAUGAAGCUUCUCAUUUGAUUACGCAUGGAGAAAAUAUUUUGGACAAAGCUCUUGCUUACACGAGUACUCGCCUCCUCAAAUUUGUAGAAAGUGAAUGUGAAUCUCCUCUUGCAAAACAUAUAGCUUAUGCUUUGCAGCAACCCUUUCACAAGGGCAUACCAAGAAUUGAAUCAAAACAAUACAUCUCUUUCUAUGAACAAGACGAUUGUUGCAAUGAAAUGUUACUCAAACUCGCCAAAAUAGAUUAUAAUCUAGUGCAGUUGUUCUACCAGCGCGAGCUCAACCAACUUUCACGGUGGUACAAUAUUUUGGACAUUCCUUCAAACUUUCCAUACGCAAGAGAAAGAAUAGCAGAAAUUCAUAUGUGGUCUCUUGGGACUUACUCUGAGCCUCGUUAUUCGGAUGCUCGAGUAAUUCUCACCAAAGUUAUAACAAUGAUAUCAAUUUUGGAUGACACAUACGAUCUCUAUGGUACAAUUGAAGAACUUCGGCUGCUGACUGAUGCAAUAGAUAGGUGGGACAUCGAUGUGAUUGAUCAGCUACCAGAAUACAUGAGAUUUCUGUAUAGCAGUCUUUUGAAUGUUUAUCAUGAAUUUGAGAAUCAAUUGAAAAGUGAAGGGAGAUCCUAUGCUGUCUCUUAUGCAAAAUAUGCGAUGAAAGAAGUGUCGAGAGCCUAUCAUCUUGAAGCAGAAUGGUUUCACACAGGCAUUGUUCCAACAUUUGAUGAAUACUUGGAAAACGGAUUACUCUCAAGCAGUUAUCAUGCAAUUCUAUCAGGAUCUUUUCUAGGAAUGGGUGAAAUAGCAGGAGUGGAUGCAUUUGAAUGGUUGAAGAGUAAUCCGAAGAUGGUUCGAGCUACAAUGACAAUUGGUCGUCUCAUGAACGACAUAGUGUCCCACAAGGAUGAGCAAAACAGGGGUGAUGCUGCAUCAGGAGUUGAGGUUUAUAUGAAGAAAUAUGGCACUUCUGAGAGUGUAGCAGUCAAAUAUAUUGAGAAGAAAGUUGCGGAUGCAUGGAAGGACGUUAAUGAAGGACUUAUGAUGAGACCAAAUAACAUGUCCAUGCAUCUUCUCAUGGCAGUUGUCAACCUUUCACGCACUUCUCAUUUCUUUUACAAGUUUGGCGAUAAAUACACAGAUUCAAUAAGUUCUAAAGACUACGUCAAGGCCUUGUUCGUUGACCAGAUCCCACUCAAUGCUUGAAACCUUUAAUUUUAAUGUAUAAUAAUGAAUGUGUGAUGAAUUAUAUGUACCUCAUAGUAUAUAUAUUCACUCAUGCAUGGUGUUUUAGCCUUGUUAAGGCUUUGUACGUGCUUGCAUGUAUGUUAUAAGCGUGUGAUGUGAUGCAUAUUAGAAUGAAGAAGAAGCACUAUAUAUACAUAUAUGUAUGUCAUGUGUGUUCUAGUCGUGGUUUGUACUUUUGAUUUGAGAAUAAACUUCUAUAAUUUACAGCA